CAAUGUACUUGGUUACAACUACAAGGGAUCCAUUGGUUCAAAAAACACAAUUCCAUGACAAAGGCCCAACAACGAUACAAGAGACAAAAAAUUAAAUAAAAUUAGCACCACUUUCAAUUCACAUGCUAGACACGUCAUCUUCUUCCCAUCAUCUUCAACCCAGCAAACCUCCAAAUUUUCAAAAACAGGACAACAAACAAAAAAGUGAAGACGAAAGAUUCCAACUUUUAACUACGAAAGGAACCCAAUUUUAUUUUCUUUUUAUAAAAAUAAUAAAAAGAAAAAGAGGGUGAAAAAAGAAAAAAUAAAAAAAAAUUAAAAAUCCCAUCUUCUCUUCAUCCUAGUUUCCCAAUAUUCCCUCUUUUUGCUGUCCAAAAAAUAAAAAAAUGCUGUCUUUUUCAUCUUUUUUGGGUUUCCCACAUUUUCCCUCUUCUUCACCCCCACACAACCCUACACCAUCACCAACUCCACUCUUCAGACACCCUCUUUGGGUUCUUCAAUCUUUGUCUUUCUUUCUCUCUCCUCUUCUAGCAGGUUAAGCUGUUUGUUUUUAUACAGUAUAGUGGUGUUACUUUUUUUGAAGUAAUUAUGAUGAAGGUUUGUUUCUUGGUUGAUUUGAUUUUGGAAUUGUGAGAUGGGUAUGGAAGAAAAGUAGAAAACUAGGGUUUAGUAAAUGUAAGCUGUAAAUUGAGCUUAAUUUUGGAAAUUGAGGGUUUGUAGAUUCAAGAAAAAUGUCGCCAGAAAUGGGUUUUAGACCUGUUGUAGAGGAUGAUAGUGUGGAGGAGUAUGCAUUUGCUAUGGAGUAUAAUGGCCCUCCUUUGAGCUUUGAUAUUCCUCGGGCAGUCCCGAUAAAUAUUGAGAGUAUACCUCUUGCUUCUGUUGUUACACAAAUCCCUUACCCGGAGAAGAUUUCGUUGCCUAUCAUAAAUCCUGUCCUUGCUCCUGAUGGUCUGAACAAGAACUUUUCUAGAGAGCUUAAUAAAGUAGGGUCUGGUAAUACGAAUGUAUCUCCGACCUCGGUGAUAGAUUUUGAGAGGAUUACGAGUGUGUGUGAGCAUGAGAGAGAUGUCGAAUUGGCCUCAGAAGCGACCCUUUCGCCAACUUCAGUUGAUGUGUUUGAAAAAAGAGAGAAAAGUGGUCAGGAAUGUAUAGAAAUGGGUGAUGUAUGUAGCUCGGGCACAUUAGAGGAUUUGAAUUGUCGUGGUGAAUCUGGGGAUUGGUCAGGUUUGAUAAAUAGCUCAGCAGAGCUGGCUUCUUCUUCGAUUAGCCAUGAGCAUUCACGUGAUUUGGUAGGUAGAGGUGGAAGUUCAUGCCCAUCAGAAUAUUGUGAGAGCUUUGAGAAAUUGCGAGAACUCUCAGCAGUUUCAGAGGCCUCCAUGGCUUCUGGUCCUUCACAAGAUAAUCUAGAUGCUGAUGAUUUGAAUGGUCGUGAAUGGAGCUCAACAAAGUCAGUCUUGAGCAUGGAGUAUUUGUCUUCCUCACUUUCCUCUUUUAGGACCGGAGAGUGCAAAAGCAUGCCUCAUAAUGAUGUUAAAAGGCCCAUUGUGACAUUUCGUGACUCUGAUUCAUAUGAUGAUGUUGAUGAGGAGUUGGUUUAUCGUGAGGUUGAAAGACUCAGACCAAUGAAGGAAGCUCUGCCUAGAUCCAAGAAGGGGGUCUGCUAUCGUUGUCUUAAAGGAAAUCGAUUCACUGAAAAGGAGGCUUGUAUUGUCUGCAAUGCAAAGUAUUGUAGCAAUUGUGUUCUCAAGGCCAUGGGGUCGAUGCCUGAAGGAAGAAAAUGUGUUGCAUGCAUUGGAUAUUCCAUUGAUGAGUCUAAGCGAGAGAAUUUGGGAAAGUGCUCCAAGAUACUCAAGAGACUGUUAAAUGACUUGGAGAUUCGACAAAUAUUGAAAGCUGAGAAGCUUUGUGAUGUUAAUCAGCUGCCACCCGAGUACAUCUGCGUAAACGGAAAGCCUCUAUGUCAUGAGGAGCUGCUGUUGUUACAGACCUGCCUGAACCCGCCUAAGAACAUCAAACCAGGAAACUAUUGGUAUGACAAAGUAUCUGGACUUUGGGGAAAGGAAGGAGAUAAACCUUCUCAGAUUAUCAGUCCACAUCUGAAUGUUGGGGAUCCCAUUAAACCAGAUGCAAGUAAUGGAAAUACCCGCGUUUAUAUAAAUGGUCGAGAGAUUACGAAACCAGAGCUGCGGAUGCUGCAGUUGGCAGGAGUCCAGUGUGCUGGUAAUCCACACUUUUGGGUAAAUGACGAUGGUUCAUACCAAGAAGAGGGACAAAAGAACACCAAAGGCUACAUCUGGGGCAAGGCGGGAAUGAAAUUGGUCUGUGCUUUCCUGUCACUGCCUGUCCCCUCAAGAUCUAAGAACCCUUGCACAGAAGAAGUGAGAUAUGAUGUUGAAAGACCAAUUCCUGAUUAUAUGGAGAGAUCACUCCAGAAGCUUCUUUUGGUAGGAAAUAAUGGUUCAGGGACAAGUACAAUAUUUAAGCAGGCCAAAAUUCUUUAUAAAACUUCACCUUUUUCUGAAGACGAGAGAGAGAAAAUCAAGUUGAUGAUCCAGGGCAAUGUUUAUGGUUACCUUGGGAUGCUCCUGGAAGGCCGGGAGCGCUUUGAAGAAGAAAGUUUGAUGAGCCUGCCUGAGUGGUCUUCUGAUACAGUUUGCCAGCAAGAGAGGAGUACUCAAGGGAGUGAUGAGAUGACUAUCUAUUCCAUUUGCCCAAGGCUGAAAGAAUUCUCUGAUUGGCUUCUUAAAACAAUGGCAUCUGGCAACUUGGAAGCUAUUUUUCCAGCUGCAACUCGUGAAUAUGCCCCAUUGGUUGAGGAGUUGUGGAACACUUCAGCCAUUCAAGUCACAUAUAAUCGAAGAAGCGAACUUGAAAUGCUGCCUAGUGUUGCUAGUUAUUUUUUGGAGCGGGUUGUUGAUAUUCUGCAACCAGAUUAUGAGCCAUCAGAUUUGGAUAUCCUUUAUGCUGAAGGAGUUACCUCAUCAAAUGGCCUAGCCUGUGUGGAGUUCUCAUUUCCGCAAUCAGCUGAUGAUGACAUUGACUCUACUGAUCAACAUGGUUCUUUGCCUAGGUACCAGCUGAUCAGAGUACAUGCAAAAGGCUUUGCAGAAAACUGCAAAUGGUUAGAUAUGUUGGAAGAUGCGAGACUUGUGAUAUUUUGUGUAGCACUGACAGACUACGACCAGUUCUCAUAUGAUAGUGAGGGGACUCCAGUGAACAAUAUGUUGCAGAGCAAAAAACUCUUUGAAAGCAUUGUUACUCAUCCAACCUUUGAGCAGAUGGACUUCCAUUUGAUUCUGAACAAAUUUGAUCUUUUUGAUGAAAAGAUUGAACAAAUUCCACUUUCUGAAUGUGAGUGGUUUGAGGAUUUCCAACCUGUGAUAAGUCAAAACAGCAAGAGCUUCAGCAGCAGCAGGAGCAGGAGUAUCAAUCAUAAUCCUUCGCUUGGGCAGUUGGGUUUUCACUAUAUUGCCGUAAAGUUCAAGAAGCUUUACUUUGAACUAACUGGCCGGAAGUUAUUUGUGUCAUCAGUGAAGGGCCUGGAGCCUGACAGCGUUGAUGCUGCCUUAAAGUAUGCAAGAGAGAUUGUGAAGUGGGAGGAUGAAAGAAUUAAUUUUAGCUUGAGCGAGUACGCGAUUUACAGUACGGAGGCCAGCUUUUCAUCUCACUAAAUCUUACUUAGUUGAAAAAGAAUUUCUUGUAAAGAAUUUUAUAUUCUUAUUCCCAAUUGAUAGUGAUCAGCUGAUGUAAAUAUGCGGCGUGCAAAUUACAUAGAAGAAUUGAAUAGGUUGUAUGAACUGACAAUGUCCAUAUAUUUUUACUACUAAUUUCUGUAAAAUGUAAACAGAAAGAACCAGCGGUUCUUGUGUAACUUAUUUGGUUCCUGAAAAACAGUCAAUUUGUUGAAAUCUUUUUAACAA